AUGGAAAGGAUUUUGGACAGCCAAAUGCGUCCUAUGCCAUCUAACCGUCCGGUACCAAAGCAAGAUUUUGUGAAUCAUUAUCUUGUGAAAUGGAAAGGGUUCUCGUAUCUACACUGCUAUUGGGUGCCCGAGCAUGAAUUCGAGAAAGCUUACAAGUCCAUUAGUGGUUUAGAAACCAUGGUGAACCAAUUUCAUUCUACAAUGGAGUCACUCGGUAACAAUGCAUAUGAUUUUGUUGCCAUUCCUCCCGAGUGGGUCAAUGUUGACCGGAUUGUAUCUUGCCGGGAAGAAGAUGGUCAGAGGAAGUACCUGGUGAAGUUCAAAGGACUUUCCUAUGAUGAAUGUUAUUGGGAAUCUGAAUCAGACAUCUCAACCUUCCAGAACGAAAUUCGAAGGUUCGUUGAUGUAAACUUUGGUCAACGCAGAGGUGUAUAUGUUGAUCAUGAGAGAAAUCAUGAAAAUUUCAAACAGAUCAUAACUAGUCUUACUCCUGAAUUUAUCACAGGCACAUUGCAUCCGUACCACCUUGAAGGACUUAACUUUUUGCGGUCUGCGUGGUCAAACAGAACUCAUGUAGUCUUCGCCGAUGAGAUGGGGCUAGGCACAUCAGUUCAAAGCAUUGCCUUUUUAGCUUCGCUUUUCGAGGAAAACGUGGCUCCGUUUUUGAUAGUAGCUCCCCUUUCUACUCUGCGGAACUGGGAGAGAGGAUUCGCCACAUGGGCACCACAUAUGAAUGUGGUUGUGUACGUUGGUACUUCUCAAGCUCGUACUGUUAUAACACAACAUGAGUUUUACUUACCAAGGGGUCAUGUGAAUGGGGUCCGUGGAGAAACCAUGCAGGACAGAAUAAAGUUUGAUGUCAUCCUCACGUCUUAUGAGAUAAUUGACGUAGACACAGCUGUCCUAAAACCAAUCAAGUGGAAAUGCAUGAUUGUUGAUGAAGGCAAUCGGUUGAAAAAUGAGAAUCCAAAGCUGUUCUAUUCGCUGAAGCGGUAUACGUGUGAGCAUCACGUUCUUUUAACAGGAAGACCACUUCAGGUGGUAAAUCCUGAGCAACAAGCUGAGCAUCUCAGUGCUCUUGAAAAGAGGAAGAGAAACCGUAAGCAGAUUGUUGAAAAAGAAGCUGAACCAACUGCUGGUGAAGCAGCUAGACAGGCAAACAAGAAGACUAGAGGGCCUUACCGUAGGACUCACCGUAAUCCGGAGCCAAGACCUUUGAUAGAAGGGCAAGGGAAAUCUCUAAGGGUGUUAGGUUUUAGAAGGAGCGAAAGGAGGACUUUCUUAGAUACGUUGAUGAGGUAUGGAGUCGGAAGAUGUGAUUGGAAGAAGUUUGUCUUUCCUUUAGCGUGGAAGACCUAUGAUGAAAUAAACGAUUAUGGGGUAUUUUUCUUGAAGCACAUCAUCAAACACACUCAAGAUAGUAAUCCUCCAACCUUUUCAGAUAUGGUCCCCAAGGAAGGACUAACUCGUGACAAAGUACUUACCAGAAUUACUGUUAUGAUGCUGCUAGAAGAGAAGGUGAAACUUAUAGAAAACCAUCCAAGAAAAGCUGUUUUCCCUGACCGUAUUAUCGGAAGAUACGCUCCACUAAGAAAAGAAAAAGAUUGGAACAAGGAACAUGACAAGUUACUGUUGCGUGCUGUUUCCAAGCACGGGUUUGGGAAAUGGAUAGACAUUGUUAGUGACAAAGAGUUCGAGUUGGAACAAGUCAUCUGCAAAGCACUGAAGGUCCCUGUUGAAAAUUUGAUUCGUAUUGAUCCAUUCCAGAAAGAUCCGCGGAGACAACUUGCUGACUAUUUGAGAAAACGAUUUGAAAUUCUUGAGAUUGCAAUGAGUGAUGAGUGUGCUGAAAAUGACUGCCAUUCUGGGAGAAGAAGUGAACGUCCCUUACAGGAUAUCGCCAUUGCGCACAUAAGGAUGAGCGUAAGUGCCAUGUGAAGAUAUGGUGAUGUUGAGAAGGACUCAGAAGAGAGCUGCAGAAGAUGUUACUGUGAAUAUGGAGGAAACAGAAGUUGAGGUCAUCUCACUGUAUCGGAUUAUUUUGAGUAAACUCAAAACACCAAGAACCUAGAACCAAAACAUAGCUGAUAUAUAUGUUUUGGAGUUAAUGUUAAUUUCAUUAACCUAUUUUGGGAUUUGACUGGAUUUUUAUUUGGGAUGCGACUGGAUUGUUACUUUUCUAAACUAUUAUUUGGGAUUUGAGUCAUUUGACUGAAUGUUUACUUUGCUUAUAUUUAUCUUCCAUCCAAAU